AUGACGGGCUCGGGGGACAGGGACGAUGACGGGCUCGGGGGCGACGAUGACGACGGGCUCGGGGACGACGGUGACGACGAGGAGGAAUGGAUCGGCGAUGGUGGCGCGGGGAAAAUGGGAGAGUGCCGCCAACCCUAUAUAAUCUCCUCCCCACGCACGCCGCCAGCUUUCCCCCGCCCACAGCCUCCAAACCCUCCCCAAACCCGAAACCCACCAGCGGCGGCACAGCGCGAGGAGAGGAGAAGGAAGACGGUGAAGUUCCUGAAGCCGGGCAAGGCGGUGAUCCUGCUGCAGGGCAGGUACGCCGGGAAGAAGGCAGUGAUCGUGCGCGUGUUCGAGGAGGGCACUCGCGACCGCCCCUACGGGCACUGCCUGGUCGCCGGCCUUGCCAAAUACCCGAAGAAGGUGAUCCGCAAGGACUUGGGCAAGAAGACGGCCAAGAAGUCCCGCGUCAAGGUCUUCCUCAAGCUCGUCAACUUCACCCACCUCAUGCCCACCCGCUACACCCUCGACGUCGACCUCAAGGAGGUGGUCUCAGGCGCCCCCGACUCCCUCACCACCAAGGACAAGAAGCUCACCGCCGCCAAGUCCGCCAAGGCCAAGCUCGAGGAGAGGUUCAAGACCGGCAAGAACAUGUGGUCCUUCACGAAGCUCCUGGUCACCUGA